GACCCAUUCCUCUGAUUCACCAGCUUCAACAUUACCCACCACGGUCUCCGGAGGUUUUCCAACUACAGCGCCUGGUGCACAAUCUUCCCAGGCACCGCAAUCUCCCGGCGGAAGUUCCGUGAAUGCUCCAAGCCCGACUGGAAAUGGUGUCACAGUCUCGUCCGCAGGUUUGCCUACGCCCACUGGCAGUCCUGUGGGCAACCCAUCUUCCACUGCUCCCACUGCCACGCGCACAUUCCCUACGUCUAUGCCGCCGCCCCAAAACUUGGAGGCCCCUUCGUCGAGCAUCUCGAGUGGGUAUACUUGGUCUUCGAUCACACUUAUUUCGACUGGCACUUCCACUUUUAUAUCCUACUCCACUUUUGGGACAUCCUUAGUGCCCGAGACCACCGUGACAUCGAUUUCGACGUUUCCGGUUGUUGUCCCGACUCUAGUGCCAAAGUCGGGAGCCAGGUACGCUAUUUCAAUCGGUCAAAUGAAGCCCCCCGUCAUUGGAGGGGUUGUGGGCGGCGUCCUGGCACUUUUGCUUCUUGUUAUUGCAGCAUGCUAUCUCAUCCGUCGCAGGCGGCGUUUGCGUACGCACCAGCAGCUUCAUGACAGUGACCUCACUGCGCCACUCUCUCCAACGGUGGCAAUGGCAAUGCGCGAAAACCACCCUUAUAGUCCUACGUACAGCUCUGUAGUAGGAGGCCAAGAUGAGAGUGAGAGCCGUGGCGACCUACACCACGCCUCAGACUCCUUUGGUUCAUCGGCCUUCCCUCACCCCUCAAUUGCCGGUUCCCCGCAUCAAUUUUCUCGUAGUUCGACCGGCUCAGUAUUGUACGAGAAUCUUGACAGGGAGUCAAACGAUGGCGACGUCUCUUCAGAUGACGACUCAGAUGGCACAGAGAGAGAUUUUGCGAGCGCGGAGAGUUUUUACUCGUCCGACCAUGGGCAGUCUAGCUUGCGCGGCGGUAUCGGUAUCGCGAUCGGGUCUCAAUCGAGCAUGGAUCUCCACUCAUAUCAUACUGCCGCUACCACGCUUGUCGCGGGGGCCCACGCUGUGGUGGACAAUGACGAAGAAUACGAUAGCCCCGGACCAAGUCCUUCGGCAUUCCCCGUUCCCCCCGCCUCCAUGAACCCGUUCCACGAUAGCGCCCGAGUCGUUGAUCUUUCCAAUUUUGUGGCCUCUCAUACGGCAUCACAAAGCCGCGAAGCGGUGUCAGCUUCGUCACACACAUUCUCGGAGCAACAAGCGUCUUGGGCGGCAGCUGUAGCAGCUGCAAGCCCUGUAGAUGCACCCACGCCAAUAGCAACUCGGAGCCUCAAUGCUUUUAUGGAUGAAUACGACGAUGAUCCAUCAAACCAGGACCCCACGACGCCUACGCAGUCGCGUCCCCUAGUUACGCCAUUCGAUGAUUCGUCCUUCAUCGUCAACCCGUUUUUACGUGAAACGUCCCAGGAAGGGUUUAGCGACGAUUCUGAGGGCAGUGACAGCCAUGAGACUGCUUCCAUUGCGUACCCGUAUCCGUUUGAGUCCAGGGAUAAGGGGAAGGGGAAAGAGCUGCUGUCUGCUGACUUGGGGGAUGAUCCCAAGAAUAACAGAUUAUCGAAUGCUAGCUCCGGUCUUGUGUUCCCCGAGAAUCCAUCGCAGUGCGGUCUUGCACUCUAAACAGAGAACAGUAUUUAUUGUUUGACUCACGUCUUUAGCAGACAGACUUUUAACCCAUUGCACGUCAUUGGACAAUCUCAUUCCUUAAGCUUCGGCAAAGUAUUUUUUAUGAUUAUGGACGUGAAGAUUGUGACAUUUCCCGCAACUCAAAAUUCCAAUAGAGUACACUGCACAUGUACAAAACGUUCGGAACGUGUUGGAACGGGC